AUGACCGACCGACCAUGGACGUUGGCCGCUGGCGGGUCCGCAAGGAUGUGGGCCUCGCCCGCCGCUGCCCAAGCGGGCGAUCGGCUGCCGGUCGGCCCGGGCCGCGUCUCCUCGCCGGCGUUGUCCCGUCCCAACGGAUGCGGCGACGGCAGGGCGCCGCAUUGCCCGCGGAAGGGGGGGCGCUUGGGCAUCCGCUUCGGGACGCCCAAUGGGGCCCAGAGGUGUGGCAUUGCGGGCUGCGCGGAUCAUGACGCCGUGGAGCUGGCGGCCUCGCCUGGGCGCAGCGAUUGCGAUUCACAGAUACCUUUUGUGGACUGGUUGAAGGCCUACAAGUAUGAGGAAGAGACAUUACAUGGGACGCUUCACAUCCAGCCGCUGACUCGCGCAAUAAUUCCGCGAGUAGCCAGGCUGUUGGAAGAGACAUUUGCUGAUAGUUUGGGAUAUCGCCAAAUGUUCAGGUGGUGGCUCCGCAUGCAGGCAGAGAACUAUCUUGCAAUCUGUCUUGACUGCCUCCCUGCUGGUGUGGUGCUUGUCGCCACUCUGAUUCCAAACGAUGAUUUCCGAGAGCAGCAUGCAAAUGACCUAGGGAAGGGCACUGUGCCAGCCACAAAAAUGGACAGCAGCAAAUUUCAAGGUUUCGAUUCGUCCCAAUUCAAGCCGGAUGUCAACACAAGUGGCGGGCAACAGCAAGGGUGGUCGUCACCUUUUGUUCCAUUUAACAUGCAGCCAAAAGGGUUUUGGAAAGCCAAUGGAAAGAAGAAAGACAAGAUCUUUCAGGGCUUUCGUGAUGAUCUAGAUGUUCUUGGGGAGAAGGAUAUGUUGGAUUCUGUGCAAUUGAGAGGAGCAGCAUAUGCCCAAAAUGGUGUGGAGGAAUGGAAUGAAGGGGUAGUUAGUAGGGCACAGAAGAAAUCUGGCACUGACGCAUUGGAGGACAGUUUGGCAGAUAUCAAAAGCACCGAUGAAAGCUUCGAAUUGGUUUCUGAACCAUCUCAACUGCAAACAUCAGCUUCCACAGACAGCAUAAAGGCUGAGGCUGAGGCUGAGGCUGAGGAACAGGGAGAAGCAAAGCGUGAGGAUUCAGCAGUUGUUGUUGAUGGGGAACCAGCUAAACAACCAGUGAGCGAUCAGGAGGAGAUUCUGCUGGGCACAGUAGAGGUGUCUUUAGACAAUUCCACUCGGCCAUUCUUCUGGUUUUUGAAACCUCCAGAGGGCAGUGCCUUCAUCUCGAACAUGGCUGUGGACCCCUCUUUCAGGCGCCAGGGCCAUGGCACUCGACUGUUAAAGGCUGUGGAGCAUGUGGCAAGGCGUUGCGGCAACCCAUGCACUUGUUUACAUGUCAGAUUUGAGGACACUGGUGCCAUUGCACUGUACCAACGAGAAGGCUACUAUAAAGAAGACGAAGACAAUUUUCUCUGGUCCGCUGCUGGUUUUGAUAGGAAGGCACUCCUUAGGAAGGACAUGGCAGGCUCACAAGCUGAGGGAGGGAUGUAA